CUCCUAGUCAUAGUCAUAUGCCAUGCGCCUUGUCCGUCGAAUAUCUCGGCGUCCUAUCCGUCACCCACUCAUUCCUUGAACACUGUCACUACAAACCGACGACCUGCCACUUCACCAACUAACUAACCUUCCGCUACCAUCACCCGACUAGGGCCACAUUUCUUCCUUCCGCCGUUUUCUUGCCUUCCCCAUCAUUUCCUCUUCUUUACUCUUUGUCCUUCCUCUCUUCACCCACUUCGACCGCCAUUCUCUUUUAUUUUUCACUUGUACACUUCUACCGACCGUCCGGUUGAGUAGUCGAGUGGUCCUCACGGUCUUCUAUUCCUUUCCUUUUUCCCGCGCUGGGCUCGAUCGCCACGUCACCGUCUACGUUCGGCUACAUUGCGAAACUGAUCGAUCCUGGCGCGUGCCUUGUUAUAUCGUCCGCUCUGCCGUCUUCAGCGUGCUCUACUGGAUUUGCAUCACCGCCACCCUGUAUUACCCACCGCGACGCUCCUUGCCAACAACAUUUCCUCGGCCUCGAACGUAGCAAUCUCAUCCACCAGCCCGCCAAACUCCGCCCCUCGCCCUCUCCUGCCGCGUCGACUACAAGCCCGCUGGUAAGCUGAUCCAACCUUCGUCGCAGCCCUGCGUAGGCCACCUCACGCCGCACCCGUAUCCGCCCACGCCAUGCGAUAAAGCCAGAGCUCGGCAAAUUUCAGUCACCGCGCUUUUGUGCCUUGACUGGCCAUGUCGACUUCUGAAAUUCCAUCAGAGGCGGCAGCGUCUUCAGGUGCGCAACCCGAAAAGCAGUCUGACGCACCCUUGACCUCGCCAAACGAUGCACCGCCAAGCGCAGUUGCAAACAGCAAUGCUACUAGCAUGGAUGUGUCGCCCGCACCCGAAACUGCGCUUCCCCUCGAGACGCCCCAAUCUCAGCCCAUGACUGCUACCGCGUCUUCCUCCUCCCAAAAUCCUCCGCAAGAAAAUGGCAGUGCUGGUACCUCUGCUAUCUACGGAACUCGGUCGAGAAAUCGCACGGGGACGCGUCCUAACUAUGCCGAGGACAAGGACUUGGAUCUAGAGUUGGAGGCGAAGGAGGCUUCGCCUAAAACUAGCCGCUCCAACAAGAGAUCCUCUGCUGCUGCUGCACCGGCGGCGGUGGCGUCGGUGGCCGAGCAACACACAACAUCUUCCGGCUUUGCAGCCAUCAACCACUCCGUGGUCGACCUUGCUUCUGACAAUGUUCCCACUGGUGGUACCUCGACUCCUGUCUCUGCGGCAGCACCUGCGCCCUCGAAGAAAAGGAAACACCCUGGUAGCAGCCAUUCGGUGGCCACAAACCACGCCAUGCCCGCGAAUUCGCGGUCGCGGCACGCCGCUCCAAUGCCUCUAAAAGGGUUUGUGGAGACAAACAUGAUGAGCUUCUCGAAAUGCGGACGCAAGCUGAAUGCGAAGAAGCAAUUAGUCGCGGAUGACGGCACCGCCGUGCAGACAAAUGAUCAUGUCUAUAUGGUUUGCGAACCUCCUGGCGAACCCUAUUACCUUGCGCGUAUCAUGGAAUUUCUACAUGCGAAGAACGAUCCUGAGGCUCCAGUCGAUGCGAUACGAGUCAAUUGGUACUACAGACCGAAAGAUAUCCUUCGGCGUGUUCAAGAUACAAGAGUCGUAUUUGCUUCCAUGCAUUCAGAUACUUGUCCACUCAACUCAAUACGAGGAAAAUGUAACAUACACCACUUGUCUGAUAUAUCCAACAUGGACGAAUACCGCAGUCAACAAGAUUCUUUCUGGUUCGAUAAGCUCUUCGAUCGGUACAUGCAUCGAUAUUACGAGGUCAUACCCACGCACCGAGUCGUCAACGUUCCACAACACGUCAAGAUGGUCCUCGACGAGCGAUGGAAGUUUGUCCUAGUCGAAAUUGGCCGAGGUCGCGAGUUGACGAGUGAGAGCAAGAAAUGUACAAGGUGUGAACAAUUUGCGAGCAACCACGACUCGGUUGACUGUGCAGUGUGCAAGAGGACGUAUCACAUGCAGUGUGUCAGGCCACCACUAUUGAAGAAGCCUGCUCGAGGGUUCGCUUGGGCUUGUGCUGCUUGCAGUAGAGCUCAAGAGAUGAAGAUGGAUGCCCGGAAUACUCCGGCUUCCGAAGCUGCACAUGGCGAGGACGAUGAUUUCAUAGACGAAGACGAGGAUGAGUCUGGACCCAAAAUUGACGACACUCGCGAGAGCAGUGCUGCUCCCGAAGCGCAUCCCGCACCGACAGCGGCUCAGAUUGCGCAGGCGAAUUUAUGGCCAUGGAGAUAUCUCGGAGUACAUUCCCGCGUGGAGGACGCCUUGGACUACGAUGACCGCAUAUAUCCUCGUGCCAGUUCUAGACUAGGGCCUCGUCAUCAAGCUAAUGUCAACGUCUGGCAUGGUCGGCCUGUCGAAUUGGUGAAACCUGCCGAGAUCAAGAAAAAGUACAAAAAUGCAGACGGGAAGAGAGAUAGACGGGCCAGGGAUGCCGGAACCGACACCGAUAAAGAUCACCGACUCAAGCGUCCGAAAUGGGUGGUCGAUGAGCCCGUGGGCUAUAUCGCUCGUGGGCAGGACGAACCCAUCGACAUCAAAGGCAAAAAGGAGCACACUGCUCAAUUGAUCUUCAAGAUGCCGGAAAAUGCUGAGCCAUCGGACAGGGGCAACGAUGACAGUGUAAGACCAGAAAACGCCGAGGAGCUUGUCGACGACUACAUGAAGAAGGUUAGACCGAUUGCAGCACAAUAUAACUUGUUGGAGUCUUCCGUCGACUUUCUGACUAAGGCCAUUGAGAAGUUGCAAGAAAACAACUUCAAUGUCGAUAAAGCUUUGGAGGCGAUGAAGGGACUUUCCCUACGAGCCGACUUAAAACAACCAGAUUUGAACCGCGAAGAAAUUAAGCGUUUCGAAGAAGGUGUCGCUAAAUAUGGAAGUGAACUUCAUGCGGUAUCUCGCCACGUUGGGUCAAGCGUCAAAGAGUCUCGGAUUGUCCGAUUUUACUACAUGUGGAAGAAGACAGAGAAAGGUCAACAGAUCUGGGGAAAUUACGAAGGCCGGCGCUCCAAGAAAGAAUCGAAGCGAGCUGACAAGGAUGGUAACGUCAAGCUCCUGGAUGAAGUCGCUGAUGACAAAGACGAUUCUGCGUUUGACGAGGAGAAAGCAGCCCAAAAGAAACGUGGAUUCGUCUGCAAAUUCUGCGGUACAAAUCACUCUCGGCAAUGGCGUCGUGCGCCAGCCACGCCUCCUGGGACGCUCGUGCCCAAGGAUUCCUCCGCCAAAAAUAGCAAAGACAAGAGUGGUUGGCUUACUCUUGCAUUGUGCGGCAGGUGCGCAUACCUUUGGAGGAAAUACGCGGUACAAUAUGAGGACAUCGAAGAGGUGUCCAAGAAGAUAGCAGCCUCAGGCAGCCGUGCAGCUAAGCGGAGAGUUGACGAAGAGUUGCUGCGUCUCAUCCUCGAAGCGCAUCAAAUGUCAGGAGACCCCAUACCUCCACGUGCAGUUGAUGAGGUCAACAAGGCUGGUAUAGAGGUCCCGCAAAAUAUCAUACAGCCGGAAGAACCGCCAAAGAAAAAGGGCAAGACCGACAAAGAUGGCGCAAACGCGACGGCAGACGUUGUUCCCGAGAAGAAGAAAGCACCCGAAAAGCCGCAAGAACCACCUCCGAUCGAGCCAGAUCCCCCUAAGGUCAAGGUUCAUCCAUGCGCGAUAUGCCGAGUUAUCGAUGUUCCUGGUCAAGAACUGCUUAAAUGUCGGGACUGCAGAUUGCAUGUCCAUGGCUCGUGUUAUGGGGUUGGCUCGAAAACUAACACUAAGCCUUGGUUCUGCGACAUGUGCAGAAACGACCACAACCUGCAGGUUUCCACUACUUACGAAUGUGUUCUGUGCCCAGUCAAAUUUACGCAUCAAGAGCUCAUGGAGCCGUUAAAGCCUUCGCAUAAAAAGAAAACCGAGAGGGACCGUGAGAAGGAACGCAUCGAGCGCGAAAUCAUCCAGGAAGCCAGUCGCCGUUGGCGAAUGGAGCAAGAAGCUGCAGGUCGCCCCGUCAACCCUCGAGAGGCCCUCAAGAGAACAGCUUGGAACAAUUGGAUGCAUAUCACCUGUGCCCUGUGGACGAAGGAGAUCAAAUUUGGCAAUGCAGAGUUGCUGGAUGAUGCCGAAGGUGUGGGUUUCAUUCCACCAGAGCGGUUUGAGCCAAUAUGCAAACUGUGCAAGCAAGGCGGUUAUCCCACCGUGAAAUGUCACCAGUCGAACUGCAACACCUUUUUCCACGUUGGCUGUGCUCACCAGGCUGAAUAUGUCUUCGGUUUCGAUGUGGCUCCUGUCAAGAGCAGCAGACGCGACUCGGUGAACGUAAUGAAGCUUCAUUCAGAAUCUGGUAUCGUCACUGCAGCUAUUUGGUGUCCGACUCAUACUCCACCGACCUUUGUUCACAACAUGCUGGAACCGACGGAGGGUGGCCUGACUGCGAUGCAGUUGUUUGCUCGUACCUACAAGCAAGUGGACAAUUCCGUCACUGGGACAGUCCGACGAGCCGCUCAGUUCACUGCGAACUUGCCGGUCACAGCACCUGCUGUCCAACCCAUAUCCAGACGUGGAUCGAUAGUCAACGGACUACCCAACGGCAUGAACGGACAGAUCGAUGGUCCAAGCGUGCGAUCGUCGCCUGCCGUGGAAUCCCCUCGAGACUUGGGAGAAGGAUCUGCCGAGUCCAAAAAUGCUGAGGAAACGGACAAGAGGGCUACUGGUCACAAGAAGUGCUGCACUUGUCUAGUGGAUGUCAGUCCGCGAUGGUGGUCUUUACAGCCGGCCGAGAUACAGGCUCCGGUCGCUAAUCGAUUGGGAUCAAGUCUGGCUCCCGACCAUGCGACUAGUAAUGGGUCUCGGGAUGUUGUGAUGACAAACGGUAUCGUCAAGGCCGAACCUGCGGAGACCAAUUCUCUCAGCAACAUUGCUCACAACAAGGACCGAUCGAUGUGGCAAUGUCACAAGUGUCAUAUCCUGAAGCGAACGCCUCCUUCCUCGCCGUCUCAAGUCAGACCUCGUGAGAAGCCUCCUUCAGAGCCAGCGCCAGCCCCGGCGCCAGUACCAGCUUCAGCUCCAGCUCCAGAGCCUUUUGCCUAUCAAUCAUCCUAUGCUGCGCCUCCACCAGCGGCUUAUCCUCUGAACCGGACACCACUAGAAGGAGCACUACCACCGCCGCAUUCUCAUCCCCCCGGUCCACCGCCGCCUCCUCCUGGAGCCCCUCUUCAUCAACCUCCAUCUUGGCAGAGUCCUUCAGGGUGGUCAUCGUCUGCGAUGCCCGGUGGCCGUCGACCAUCUCCACCGCCUCUCGGAGGAGGAUAUCCUCCUGCCUAUCGAUCACAGUACGAGGCUCCUGGCUACGGCCGACCACCGCACCACUCUUACUCGACUGUCCCUCCACCACUCCCACCGCCUCCUAGUGCAGGACACUUGCCUCAGCAUUCUCCUCCCUCUGCGCCAUACGUCGCUCCGCCUCACCAGACUCCACCCACUACGUCGACUCCACCGCAACCGGCGCGGCCGCCUUCCCCAUCGCGGUAUGACCGACCACCAGGGCCCUCGCCGCAUCUCGGCUUACAGUCUAGUAUACUGUCUCGAUCCUUCGCUCCGGAGCCUCAUCGUCAGCCGAGUAUGGGCUCUCCUGUGAACGGCUACUCCGCACUCCACUCAGCCGCGUCUAGGUUGUAUGGCCAAGUCCCUCCGCCACCACCUCCACCUCCAGCCGUCACAAGACAAUCACCUUCGGCACAGUCACUCGCACAAAUUGCGCAAGCUGCGACCGAGCAGAGUGGACGAACACAUUCGAGACAAGCUAGCGUCGAAGUCACGAGCACGCCACGGUUUGGGCCGAGACAAUUCCCGGAGAGUCCUCAUCAGAGACCGAUCACUCCGGCUGGUGCAGCAGGACUCAAGGAUGAGAGGAGAGAUGGGCCGGGUGCAAGUGCUAGCCCGAGUCUGAAGAAUUUGUUGAGCUAGUGGUCUUCUACUAAGAUUUCGCUCUGCAAUUAGUGUCGAGAUGCACACAAAUGCUAGCCCGGGCGAUCUCGAUCAAAUUACUCUACAUGUAUUCUCGCAAUGUGUUAUGUCGGAUGAACAUACGGUACGGCCGUCGGGGGUUUUGAUAAAAGAGUUGAGGGUUGCCUCGCUCCUUGAUGAGAGACCUUUUUUUUGUUUUCUUAUUGGUAGCAAGGGCCAAAGAACGAGGAGUAUUUAGAUAGAUCCUCGAUAGGGGAUGUAUGUGUAAGAUUUCAAGGAAUGAGACAUCCUUUCCAACCAAAAA